AUGUCACAGUGGCAAGAGUACGUGGAUGGGAUGGAUAGUGAGACCAGUGGUAGGAUCUUUCAGCUUCAGCAUCCCGCGGACAAGAUCGCUUCUGGGCCAAUCAUUCAAAAAACGCCCGUUCAUCGGCUCUCGAGCUCUCUAAAACCCUGCGAACGCGUUUACCUCUCUGUUAGUGAAUUCGAAUCGAGGCCCAUCGCGAUGUUGUAG